AAACUUCCGCCGUCUUGUGUGUGUGUUGUCAUUGAUUCCGUGUUUUCUUUGUAUGUUUAAAGGCACUUUUUAAGUCCCGAACUUGCGUUUUUCUCACCGUUUAGUCAUUAAUACACAUCGGUAGAGGAUAUUUUAAAACGCGUCGACUCGCACAAUGGAAGAAAACGAGGAAUUUAGUGGAAGGACGGUGGAAAACCCGAAGCAGAAACUACGGAGGAUUUCAUCGAGGACGUCUACUACGAGUGUCAUUAGCGCUGCAGAGCCGUCCCCGAAAAGACUGCGCAGGAACAACUCAAAGAAACCGCCCCUGCAGAGAGGCAGCUCGUUCACCUUCCUCACUCCAGGGACGCCGUGGGACUUCAGUCUAAAAAGAAAGCGCAAAGAAAAGGAGGAUGACACCGUCAGUCUCUCCAGCUUUGACCUUAAGGAGCCCAAUAAUAAGCGAGUGCGAUCUCUGGCCAAAGUUUCAUCCCUCGUCAACCUGAUGUCUCCGUCGAAAAAUGGAGCAGUACGGCGCUUCGGACAGUCCAUACAGUCAAUGACUUUACGUGGCGAUGGGAAGUCCCCGGGGACGACGCUCAGAGCGGCCAGCAAGGCCCCAGGUCCGACCCCCACCAAACGCAGGAACAGCACGCUGUGGUCGGAGACGCUAGACGUGCAUCAGAAGAGCGCUUUCUCUGCCAAGGAGAUCAAAAGACAAGAGGCGAUUUACGAGCUUUUCAGGGGUGAGCAGGACCUCAUCGAGGAUCUGCAGCUGGCACGAAAGGCGUACCACGAUCCCAUGCUCAAGCUCUCCAUCAUGACCCAGGAGGAACUGGCUCACAUCUUUGGGGACCUGGACGCAUACAUCCCCCUGCAUGAGUACUUACUCAUGAAGCUCACAGAGGAAACAGGCCCCGAUGGAACAGUCGCUCAGAUCGGCCAGAUAGUAGUCGACUGGCUGCCUGGCCUGAAUGCCUACAAAAACUACUGCAGCAACCAGCUUGCAGCCAAAGCUCUGCUGGACCAGAAGAAGCAGGACAAGCGGGUGCAGGACUUCCUGCAGCGCUGCCUGGAGUCGCCUUUCAGCAGGAAGCUGGACCUGUGGAGCUUUCUGGACAUCCCGCGUUCACGUCUGGUCAAAUACCCGCUGCUGUUGAGGGAGAUCCUCAGACACACUCCUCCCGAUCACCCCGACGUAGCCAGUCUGGAGAGAGCGAUCACAAUAAUCCAGGACAUUUUGUCUGAUAUCAACGUGAGAAAAGGGGAGUCUGAAUGCCAGUAUUACAUAGACAAACUGGACUUCCUGGAUGAAAAGCAGCGGGACCCUCUCAUAGAUGAGUGUAAGAGCCUCCUCUGUCACGGCGAGCUUCGGACCAAGAGCGGUUCGAGGCUACACGUGUUCCUCUUCGCUGAGCUGCUGGUUCUGACCCGGCCAGUGACGCGCAACGACAGGAGCUGCUUCCAGGUGUAUCGGCAGCCCAUCCCAGUCCGAGACCUGGUCCUGGAGGACAUCCAGGACGGAGAGAUCCGCUUAGGGGGGUCCUUCAGAGGGGCUUUCACUAACGGAGAGAAAGCUAAGAAUGUUUUCCGCGUGAGCUCCAUGGACCCGUCCCACGGCCAGUCCCACACCCUGCACGUCAGCGACGUUUACCACAAGCAGCAGUGGCUCAACUGUCUGCGCACCGCCAUCACCCAACAGCAGGGGGCUCCAACCAGAGUCCAGCAGGAGGAGUCCAUCCUCCCCUCUCCCAUCUCAUCAGCCAACAUCUGUGAUGAAGAGUCAGACGAGAACUGUCCCCCUGCUCCUGGCCCUAAGCUCAGGCGUCAGACGCUCUCCAAAAGCAGGAUGGAGCAGAAGUCACAAGGAUCACAAAGGAGGAAGGAAACUGGAGUGUAGACAGCAUGUGUCCUGUCAGUCAAGUUUGCGUCUAGCUUUGCUGCACUGAAAACCCCGUCCAAAUUUGUUGUUUGUCUUUUUUUAAAAACGUGAAUUUAGUUUACAAAAAAAAAAAAAAAGAAUCGGCGAAGCCGUGCCUCUUGAUUGUGUUUAAAGUUUUAUACCACUUCUGUCUGUGCGGUUUCUUUCUGUGGUCAAUGUGUGUAAAAUGUCUCAGCUAUCAUGUGCGAAGCUGCCCGAUGAGUUGUUCGCUCCAAGAUAAAGGGAUCCGUAAACCGACGUACCAGCUGAGCUCCUCACAUAUCUCAAGAUGUCACUAUCCACCAACGAUAAGAUAUGAACAUUACUUGGAAAACAGAAUAAGAUAUAUAUGUGUGUGUGUGUGUGUUUGUAAUCUUAGUAAAUCUGAGUUAAAGGACAAAAACAUUUGCUCUUAGUCCUGGGUUUUAUUGGCUGGGAGAUGUUUGCCCUUCAACACAUUCACAUUCCAGCUGUACUUUGGCCCCUUUAGCCACUUCCUACUACUGAGGGUUUUUUUUUUUUUUUCAAACAUGGUAUUUGUA